GUGCGGGUGCUAUAUUUGGAGGGGCGCUCCAUUGGGAAAAAGUUGAGUAAAAACAAAAAUCUGAUUUUUUUAGGUCCCAUUGCUCAGAUGGGGGCAUCGACCAAUGAAUCUAACGACUUUUCUGUCUCGGUGGAUUGAGUGCUUCACUGCCUCAGCCAACAGUCCUGCUGCCCAGCGGUCUUUUGAUGGAUUUGCUAGGAAAUACGCGCCCUGUGCCUACAGAAUUGCAGCUGUCGUCACAGCAGUCAUUGCAAAGGACAAUGCAACAAGUGGGUGGAACAUUUUAAUCAUCGUUGCCCUAGGACUGUUCGGGCUCGCUCUUGGCCUCAUAUGGUGGCUUGUGCAUCGCGUGGAAGGUCCUGUGUCAGACCGUGACACGAGAAGUCAAUCACCAUGGCAUUGCUGUAAGAAGGUGUUGAGAUCGUUUUGGACGAAGCUUGGGAGCCAAUACCGAUGGAAGUACAUCCUCGUGGGGCUGCUUCUACUCUUUUUCGCUGUUCUGUGUCUCAUCUUUGAGGAUCCUGGAAAUUAUUGGAUGGUCCACAGCUCUUGGCAUGUCUUUAUCUUCACGGCCGCAUUUAUGUUGCUCCUCAGCACCGACUUGUCGGGGCGGCGUGAAGGGACAAAGGAUGCUGUUCGCAUAACCAUCUCGGCGGGUUCUGAUAAUCCCAGCUUGCAUCCUGACGAUUCCCCGCUUGCCGCCAGUGAGUCAACGCAAGUGUUGUUAGUGUCGAAAACCUCGUAGCGCUUGUGGUUGGUUUCCAGAGGCUCGUGCAUGAAGAGGGAAAUGCUGGAGCUUUCGGUUUGGUGAUUGCGAUCAUUAACCGAUCCCGACGACAGAUGAAACCACAGGAGAUCAGCAGCACUAAUCCUCAAGCCAAGCCAUCACUUGGUCACAUGACUAAGAGAGGUGAUUUUGGAAAUUUGGACUCUUUGGGAGAGUAAGGAAGUGGAGGUUUGCAGCAGCCUAGAAGAAAGAAGGAAGAGGUGCAGUCGCAGCCAGCUACAACGACGAUGAGGUCGAAGACAAGGAGCAGCAGCAAGAGGAGAGAGCUGACAGAUGUUUCUACUAUUUUUUUUGGGAGGGGAGAAAGGUAUAAUGGUGGUGGUACUCCUGCUAGUUUAGGUUUGACAAUGUCAGUGGACUCCCUAUCUGCAUUGACGGUGGGAUUUGAAUGCUGUGCCGCCUGAAUCCGGAAGCCAAGGAAUACAAAGGUAGUAGCACGUCUGAGGCCUCGUUGAGAGGUUCAAGCCCUUCAGGGUUUAAACUCCAAAGUAGCCUGGACUUUUCUGAUGAUAAGGGGAAAUCCUGCAGUAGGGCAGGAAUUGGGAGUGGCAUGAAGCCUUGACAUCGGUAGCCUUGCUUCAAAAAAGAGUGUUGAAGAAGAACCGCCGCCACAUUCUUUUUCGGGGUCCAACGUUAGUGGCGAUAGCCAUUGCGUUGCUUGUUUCUGGAUGGCUGUGGGCAGUGUUGGAGAAUUUGAAAUUUCAGGUCUGACCUCUUUAUGAAGUUUGCUUCCAUGGUCUCUAAGACAGCCUGCUUCGCUUCGCAGCAGUGGCGACAACAAUAAAUCGGAUCAAGCCAU